AUGUCCUCAUUAUUGGAUGUGACUUUUCGAGACGAUGAGUCCAACCAGCGCAAGAGCGAGAUAGCCUCCAUCACCCGGGCGCAUCAUGAAUGUGUUCGCGACCUGCACGCAGUUACCAGACUGCUCACAAACAAUACUGGCCUGUCCGAAUUGCUAACAAUACUCAACAAUAUCAACGACAGUACGACAAUACCUCCGGCCACCAACAACGACUUUCUGCAAUCGAACACUCUCCUAACCGGACGUCACUUCGACGAGACCACCCUUCCAUUUCCCACCAUACCACACCAUGACACCUCCAUAUAUGCAUCGGAACCCAAUAGACCUUCGACGCAACCUCCCCAGCUGGCUCACGCAAGCACCAGCAUUGAUGGGCUUGCUACUAAAGCCACCUUGACCUCGUCUGCCGCGCCCGCGAGACCUAUGGCUGCCUAUGGCCGACCGAAAGCUGCAGACGGCGAGCGAGAAGGGAGAGAUCAGUCUGUGGGGAAGUCUGCUGAGCGCGACAUUGAGAGGAGGACUGAAGCCAUCUCGCCCGCGCUGGCUGCACCACCGACUGCAGAGGACGAAGCAAACCUGUCGCCUGCUACGAAAGAUCAUCUUCGCUCAGCAUCGCCGGAGCGACCGGCCAAGACCGUCCAUCUUCCGCCCGAGGACGUACAAGAAGCACAUCUCCGCGAACGGCAUGAAGCAGAGGAGGAAGCACGUUCUCGGUCUGACGGUGACAAGCCGGGUCGGCCGUCGCAUCUUCUUGCAGAGGCGGCUUCCUCACCAUCCUCAACUAUUGGCGCCUACUCCGCGACGACGCCCAUGCCACCACAAGACUCACCAGACACUUCGCCAGACUCCGAGAUGGCUGAUGAAGCGAUGUUGCCGCCUCCAAAAGACUUGAGACCCUCGCCAGAGCAACGGCGUACCAGGGAGGAACACGAUCGGCUUCUAGAGGCGCAGAAGGACAUCGCUCGGAGGGAGGCGUUCGGUGCUCCAACGCCGGAUGAUCAGCUGAACUUCGAAGCUCGAGAAGCCGCCGCGCGCGACGCUGAAGAGAAGCAAGCACGAGAUGCUAACGGUAGUCUUGACGUGAAGCACGCUCGGAGCGCGAGUGAGCUAGGGGUGGACGAAGUACUUGAUGUACUGGAGCAAGAUAACAUGGCUCCCUCUCAGCUACCGAUCACGCCUGCGGCAAGUCACGACGAGAAAACACCAGCACCUGGGCCAAAGGCUGUCCAGCGAGUAAGCUCAUCAGCGGUGGAGAAUGAUGGCGACAACAUUACCGUUACCCCUCGGAGUAGACUGCCUCCUCUGGACACGACCCGUGGGGAGGAGCCACGAACACUUGGUUAUUCUGUCAACCGGCCAGCUCGACGCAGUUCCGCUCUAGUGAACAUGGAUGACAUUGCAGGAGCGGAGCCACAGUCAAGUCGUAGCCUUACUACGCCAGACCUUGUAUCCCCCAUGACUGUGAGGUAUCCUCGCCGUGACGUUAACGCGACGCCUGCUGCGAUCAUGCAGACACCUUACAAAACACCUCGUGCUUCAGCUGAACACGACUCGGACACGACCUCUAGGUCGAUACGCGAUCUCGCACCGCUGAAAGGCGCGGCUGAAGACACUGAAAGAGACUACUUGGAGCCUUUAUUCCGCAUACAGGCGCAUGACUCGCCCAAUUCGCAGACUAAACCCCUACCAGAACUAGUGAAGUCGGCCCAAAAGUACCUUUCGACUGAAGACCAAUUCACUACGUUGCAUGAACGUAUGGACUAUCGUAUCCUCCGCCGAAUAUAUCAACUGCAGAACGCGAACAAGUGGUCUCUACGUCAAAUGGAAAAGACUACUGAACCUGAUACGAUGCCAACGCACAUGGAUCACCUGACGGCGGAGAUGAAGUGGAUGCGAAAAGACUUCAAGGCUGAGCGCAAGAUGAAGAAAAGUGUAUGCGCGUGGCUUGCCAAAUCGUGCUCGGAGUGGCUAUCCGCAUCCGCAGAAGCAAGGAGGAAUAUGCAAGUGAAGGUCCGACCUGCGAAGCAUGUCCGUGAGGAGCCGACGAUUGAUGUAGUGCCGGACCUUGACAACUCAGGCGAGUCUGCACCGGAGGACGAUCUACCGCCAGUCUCACAGGUCGGUCUCCCGAGGAAUCUUGUGGUUGCACCAGAGCUCAAAGGACUGGUCUGCGGCUUGCACAAGACUGGAAAGCUGGGUAAAGCUUUGCAAGGUCUGCCUGUCGUUAGCUUCAAGCCUGAGUCAUGCAACUUCAAUCCGACAUCGAUUAACGAAGUGUCAAAGCUUGUUGCUGGAAAGCUUUUGCCGGCCGCAGCGGGUCCACUGCGGAAGCGCAGCCGAUAUGACUACGCAGACGAUGCAGAAGUAAUAGACGAUGAACCAGACUCGAAGCGGCAACGACCCGACAGAGAUCUCGCGCCGGAGGACCAAGAGGCUGCUCUCUUCCAUCCCGAGAACAAACCUAUACGCGACCGUCUACACGCCAAUAAUGCUUUCCGUCCGCCAUCUGAGUUUGUCAUGCCUGCAACAUCCUUCUAUGAGUUCCGAAACGGAUCCCAGUGGAUAUGGGAAGACGACCAGAAGCUCAGGAAGCUUGCCAAAGAAUACACCUUCAACUGGUCGUUGAUUGCCGAUGAGAUGACUCUGCCCACACGGUAUAAGAGCUCGGCGGAGCGCAGAACGCCAUGGGAGUGUUUUGAACGCUGGGUAGAAUUAGAGACGUUGCCAGCAGAAAUGCGCAAGACGAUGUACUUCAAGACUUGGUUCCAGCGGCUUGAGCAAAGUCAACAGGCUGCCGACAGACGCUACCAAGCCUCAGUCGCGGCAAUCCAGGCACAAGCACAGAGUGGCCAACAAGUGCAUGUGCCGCAACGCAGGCGUACAAUACCGACCCGCGUCGAGAAGCGCAAGAGCACGCGGUAUUUGUGGCUGGUUGAUGCGAUGCGGAAGCUUGCGAAGAAGCGUGAGAAUAAUGCUUAUAAGCAAGCUGAAGCGCAACGCGCCGCUGCUCAACGCAAGUCUGCAAACGAAGGCAAUACCCAACCUCGAAAUGGUCCCAGAUUGACCCCACAAGAGUUCAGCCAGAAGCGACAAGAACGCGACAUGCAGAUUGCUGAAGCUCAAAGACAACAUCGUACCAAGAUGAUGGAGGCUCAGCAACGACAACUAAUGCAGGCACGAGCAGCUCAUCAGCAAGGUGUGGCGGGUCAACAGCGUCCUGGCACGGCUGUACCACCACAACCCGCGCAAAUGCAAGCUCAGGGUCAACCUCAACCGAACAUGAACGGCCAGUUCCCUCAGCAAGCUCGACCACCACUCCCUAUGGCUACUAGAAAUGGUCAUCUUGCUGUGCCACAGGUCAAUGCACAGGGCAUCCCUCAAGCUCAGAUGCAGACCGUGAACCACAUGACGCCACAACAGCAACAGCAAAUGGCGCGCAUCGCACACGCUAACGCCCAGCGAAAUGCACAGUACGGAACCCAGCCGUACCAGAUGCCCACGAACGGACAGAUGGCGAGCCCUGGAAGUAAUAUGACCACCGCUCAGCAGCUGCAACAUAAUCAGGCUCUGCUACAGCAGAUGAGUGCACAGCAACAGCAACUCCCUCAAAAUCAGCCCACGCCACAAACGAAUGGGCAUCAGCAAAUGUCCAACUCGCCGAGCAUGCCGCCACCACCAACGCCGCACAAUCAGCAGCAACAGCCUGGACAGCUCUCUUCUGGGCACGUUCCGGCACUCAUUGCUAUCAAGAACAACCUACGAGCUAAACAUCCACAUCUGUCAGACGACCAGUUGACACGAGCUGCGACCGAUGCUCUCCGCGAGCAGUCUGCAUCGGCUACCCAAUCAUCGACUCAAGCAAGGCAGAAUGCAAUGAAUGCUGCUGCAGGCAUACCCGCGCAGCCGCAGGCCAACCAUCAGAUGCCGAAUAACAUGCAGCAGACAUAUGGACAUAACCAGCAAGCAUAUCAGAGCAACGCUCAGCUUCCUAACGGGAACGCCACAUACAUGAACGGUGGAGAUAAUGCCAACGCACAAUCUCAGGCACAGAAUCCACAAGCUGCGGCAGCGUAUGCUAACCAGAUACGCCAGCGACAGCAGGCGCAGAUGUUGCGUAUGCAUGGCUCACCCAAUGGCACGCAUGCUCAGCUAAAUGGCAGCCCAGGCAUGGCUCAUGCUAGUCCUAACAUGGCACCUGCAAGCCCGGCGAUGGCCUAUGCUGGCAUGGCUAACGGCCAGAUGGGUCAAGGCGCAAACGGGCGUCCUCCGAGUCGCAACAACGGUAUGCCUGGCGGAGGAUUGCAACGGAUGGGCAGCAAUAACAGUCUUCCUGGAGCUGCAAUGGGAAUGCCGAAUGGUGUGCAAAGCCCUGGCUCUCAAGCAAGUCCUAGGAUGCAAGCAAGUAUGGCCAGGUAG